CAACAUCGCCGCGGAGGCAGCGAGGGAGGCUGACAGCGCGGUGCUGGCGCUGAGGAGCGCAGGGAGCAGUGCCGGUUCCUCCGGCCGGCGUCUUCGAGGACAGCGGCGUCCGACCCACUCGGGUUCGGGAAUUCACACAGACGUGGAGCAAUGCUUGUGACUCUGCGGCUCCUCAAACCCUUGGGAGGGUCCUCACUUGCCAGAAGGCUCCAGACGAAUUCUAAUACGAGCAGUGCACAUCCUGACCAACUGAGCUGCGUGGCCAGUACUGGAGCCAAAGGAAGAAGGUGAUGAAUGGCAACAUAACCGAAGACUGUAUUACCUCUUCCAGACCAAGGGCCCCUAGAAGCCUGUUUCUCUGCACAGCCCAGGACCUCUGGCCCCAUGGAGCCCCCGAUCCCACAGAGCGUCCCCUUGACUCCUAGCUCAGUCAUGGUCCAGCCUCUUCUGGACAGCCGUAUGGCCCACGGCCGGCUCCAACACCCCCUCACCAUUCUCCCCAUCGACCAGAUGAAGACCAGCCACGUGGAGAACGACUACAUCGACAACCCCGGCCUGGCAGCCCCCACCGGCCCCAAGCGGACCCGGGGUGGAGCCCCCGAGCUGGCCCUGACACCCGCCCGCUGUGACCAGGACGUCACCCACCACUGGAUCUCCUUCAGCGGGCGCCCCAGCUCUGUGAGCAGCAGCAGCAGCGCGUCCUCCGACCAGCGCCUCUUAGACCACAUGGCUCCCCCGCCCGUAGCCGGCCAGGCCUCCCCGAGGGCCGUGCGUGUCCAGCCCAAGGCCAUCCACUGCAAGCCGCUGGACCUCAAGGGCCCGGCCGCCCCCCCGGAGCUGGACAAGCACUUCUUGCUGUGCGAGGCCUGCGGGAAGUGUAAGUGCAAGGAGUGCGCGUCCCCCCGGACGUUGCCCUCCUGCUGGGUCUGCAAUCAGGAGUGCCUGUGCUCCGCCCAGACGCUGGUCAACUACGGCACCUGCAUGUGCCUGGUGCAGGGCGUCUUCUACCACUGCACCAACGAGGACGAUGAGGGCUCCUGUGCCGACCACCCCUGCUCCUGUUCCCGCUCAAACUGCUGCGCCCGCUGGUCCUUCAUGGGCGCCCUCUCCCUGGUGCUGCCCUGCCUGCUCUGCUACCUGCCUGCCACCGGCUGCGUGAAGCUGGCCCAGCGCGGCUAUGACCGCCUGCGCCGCCCUGGAUGCCGCUGCAAGCACACGAACAGCGUCAUCUGCAAGGCAGCUGCCGGGGACGCCAAGGCUAGCAGACCCGACAAGCCUUUCUGACACCUGGGGUCAAGUCCCGACGCUUCCCCCUGGAAACUUGGUUCCCUUCUCACACCUGAGAAGGGCCACCACAGCCAGGCCAGAGGUUUUAGCAUCCUCAGGCUGACCCUGCCAGUCUGCCCACUCCCUACCGCCAGCUUCUGAAGAAACAAGAGACCACAAUCACCCAUCUUUCUCUUCCCCAAAAGGAUGAAGAAGCACUUUGGGUUUUUUGUUUUGUUUUGUUUUUUUUCCAAGGUCCUGGAACUUUGUGUGAAACAGAUAGUGGCAGGGGCGUGGUGUGGUUUGGGGACGAUUUUUCUUUUUCAGAAGAUGGAACACAGAUGUGGACACAUAUCCGGAAGUUGCAGCUGCUUGAAUGCCUUCCCAGCCCUCCUCCUCCCUCCCUCUCUCCCCAGUCUUUUGCAUUCUCUCUGGCUGCCUGGGAGGAAUCGGUAACUGAGUGGCCAGGGGACCUUGGAAGAAGACCCUUGGAGUUUUGCCGGCUAUACCUUCUUCUCCCAGCCUCUAUCCCGGUUUGCCCAGACAUGUUGGGCAAGGUGUAGACCCUGGCGAUCCCUGUUGUAUAUACUUGGGAGCCCCCCUCGUUCCUCGCUCUGCCUGGAGCCACGGAUGGAUUUGGGAACCACUGCACAGUACCUUUUCUCCCUUCCAGCUUCCUCACUAACUCUUGGGGGUGUUCCACUCAUAAUAACACCGUCCUUCGGCUCUUACUGGGUCACAGACUCACCCGCCCGCUACGUGUCCCAAGUGCUCUCUACCCAGAUCUUUUCCAGAAACUUUAUGGGUAGAGAAGGCCAGGGCGGCAAAUUCGAGACCAAAUAGCAUUUUGCCAAUGAGUCUGAGGCUGUGGUCUCUGGAUCCAGUCAUUAUGUUUUUAUAGAAUCAUUAAACCAGAUGCUAACGGUGUUUUAAGAAAUAAUAGUAAAACACUUGCUUCCUUUUGGGCCACCCCCAGGAAGGGCUGAUUUCAAAAUCUGGGGGGGCGAGCAACCUCAAGGAACACAAUCCCCCUCCCCACCAAGAAGAGGAUUUUAAGAGCAAAGAAGAGAGGCAGCACCUCCCAUUGGCAGAGUGAGAGUUGAGGCAAGCUGGGUGUGGGUUUCUUCUCUCUUGAUUCUGCUGCUUGCUGUCAUAGCCUUUUGUGUACAGUGUCUGUAUCUUUAAUGUAAAUAGACAGAUGAUGAAACAAGAGUCUAUUUUAGUGUUAGGAAGCCCUGGCGGGGGAGUCAGAAGAAUGCAGGUGGGGGAAAGAUUCUCCGGGGGCUUCUUGGGAUUGAGCCCUGCUUCUGUGUGUGGCUACAUGAGCCCCUCCCAACAGCCCCCAAAGACGUAGCAACUCUUUCUCUCAAGGUGCUAAAGGACUCAGAAAGUGCAGCUCGUCCGGUGGGUAGGUACUUGUUGCAUGCAAAAGCUGUAGCGUGUCCGGUCCUUCCUCCCUAGCUAUUGUGCGGGGUUUUUGCUUAGUGUGGUAUUUUGUGCCUCCCUCUGUUUCCCCCCAUGAGAGAAAGUAGUCUGGGUCAGAAAAGCUACCCCAGGUGAUAUUGGAAGUGCACUAGGCACAGCGUUUGUAGCAUUUCGAGUUUGUUCUGUAGGAACAGAAGAGCCUCCAGGAAGGAGGCAAGGAGGCAGGUAGCUGUGAUGGUCAUGCACCCAGUGCUUCUCAAGGACUCUUUUUUUUCCUUCUUGAAGACUAGUAGUAACAUCUUAUGAUUUAGAAUAAGUUAAUUGUAACCAUAGGUAUUUAUUGACUGGUGGAAAGGAGGGGAGGGUCUUAUUAUUUUAGGCUUUAUUUAUAUAACAUAUGCUGGCUUGUAAAAGGCAAAUAUGAAAUACUGCAUCUGCGUUUUCUAAGGCUGAUUCCUGUAGCUACCUUUGCCACAGUCGUGAUGGAUGUAUGGAUGUUCUUGCACAAAUCAGAGGGAAUGGUAGAAAAACACAUUCAGCCAACCACUUAUCCUAAUUGAAUGUAUCAGAUGUGUACUGAAGGGACUGGAGAUGUUUUCCUCAGAACAGGUGUGCAGAGGUUAACCC